AUGGCGACAACAACGUUCUCUCAGCUCUUGGUCUUCGCGGCCCUUGUUCUCGUCGGGCACGCAACUCGGCUUCCGGACGGUCCAAUCGUUCGAACCCAGUACGGAGACGUGCGAGGGAUGUACGUGGAGGAAGGGACCAUCUUCCUCGGGCUCCCGUUCGGGGUUCCACCGGUAGGCGAGCUGCGCUGGAAGCCUCCUCGGGCGUACAACAAGUCCUGGGCGCCUGACGUCCGCGACGGCACCGUGCCGGGCCCGGCGUGCCGACAAGGAGGGUGUGAGCCGGACUCUAACGACUAUCAGCACAUCUUUAAUCGCGACAAGGCUAGAACACAGAGUGAAGACUGCCUGUAUCUUAACGUUUUCGUGCCCAGAUCCGUUCUGAACUCUACUGCCAGGCUGCCUGUCAUGUGUUAUUUUCAUGGCGGAACGUAUAACUCAGGCACUGGUGCUGCUUUAAUUUAUGAUGGGCGGAUUUUGGCCAACAAAACCUCAACUAUCGUCGUGACGACCAACUACAGACUGGCGGCUUUCGGCUACCUUGUAACCGGUGAAGGGGAUGAUGAUGCUAGGGGCAAUUAUGGGACACUAGAUCAGAUUGAGGCACUAAAAUGGGUCCAGCAUAACAUCGCUGACUUUGGCGGUGACAAAGAUAAAGUAACCAUUUUCGGACAGAGCGCCGGGUCCGACUCGGUCGCAGUUCUCCUGACAUCCAGUAGAGCUGCAGACUUGUUCCAUCAGGCCAUCAUGCUGAGUGUACCGUUCUCCAUCACUCACAAGACUCAGGUAGAGGCGAUUCGUCUCGGGAACGACUUUACCAAGUUCGCAAACUGCUCUGUCGGGGACAUGAAGUGUCUUCGCUCCAAGUCAGCUGAUGAGAUUCUUCAGGCUCAAGACAAAGUGGACGACUACAUCGCUAACCCCUUUCGGCUUCUCGAGCUCUUUCUUCAGUGGGGUCCCACAGUAGAUGGUGACGUGUUGCCCAGACAAACUGUAGAUAGUUUUACAAACGGACAGUUUCAAGGAAAGCCGUUUAUUAUAGGCACUGUGUUGGAUGAAGCUAUUCUGUUCAUUUAUUCUGCCCUUAGUAAGCCCAUGUCUAAAGUUGAAUUAGAUGGAGCUGCUUUGGCCUUCCUCCAUGGAAAAGGACCGGCAGCUCUUCGUGAGUAUAACCCGCCACAGACAUCAGACUAUCGUCCGUUUCUGUCUCGAGCCGUGACAGACUGGGUUUUUGAAUGUUCAACCCGAAAUGUAAUCCGAAACUCGGUCCAAAGUGCUGAAAAUGACGUCUGGCUUUACGUCUUUGAUCAUACUUUCUCGAGCUCUUUUAAGACGUUCUGGCUCGAACAGCCCUUCUGCCUGGGCCAUGUCUGUCAUGGUGAGGACAUCCCCUUUGUGUUUCAAACACCAAAGCUGAUCAACUUGACCUUCACCACUGACGAACAGGUCAUGGCUGACACCAUGGCGUACCACUACGGUAACUUCGCACACACGGGCGACCCGAACAAACCUAGUCCUUACGUCUACACCACGGGCAAUGUCCUGAAAACACCUUUAAACUGGCCCAAGUACAACGGAGGAAACCAGUUCCCCAACAUGAAUUUCACCACUCCUCAGAACGUUAUAGUUCAGGACUACAAUAAAGAAAAGUGUGACUUCUGGGAUAAGGAAAAUAUCUACACAGGAACAAAUUAA